CGCUUGUGCCGGUUGCCUGCCGCCACUGCCGCGCUAUGGAGCCGCCGCUGUUCCUGCUGGGAGCGUCUUUUGUGCUGCUUUGCUCCGCAGGUGUAUCAAGAAGCCUAGUUAUAACUUCAGGUGAAAAAUCAUUUGAAACAGCACAAGGAGAGAAAGUUACGUUGCCAUGUACUUUUGAAACCUCAGAAGAAGACCGAGGUCCUCUAGAUAUUGAGUGGGUAUUGAUACCAGCAGAUAGUCAAAAGAAGGAACAAAUAAUAAUUAUGUAUGAUGUAGACAGGAUUUAUGAUAAUUAUUAUCCUCCUCUGGAUGGGCGGAUGCAAUUUACUAAGUCUGAUCCGCGAGCUGGGGAUGGCUCGUUGGAUAUCCUGAAUUUAAAGGCAGCAGACACUGGCACAUACCAGUGCAGAGUGAAGAAGGCACCUGGAGUUCAAAGCCAAAAAAUGCAGUUGACUGUACUUGUGAAGCCAGCAAGAACUAAAUGUUCCAUUGAAGGCUCACAGGAGAUUGGAAAAGACGUGACCUUGAAAUGCACAUCACAAGAAGGAUCCCCGCUUUUGUCUUACGACUGGAGCAGAGUGUCUGGCACACGGGACCUUCCCACCACUUCCACCCAGAAUAAAAAUACAGGUGAACUUCUCUUGAAAAAUGCCUCUAAAGAGUAUUCUGGCACAUACCACUGUGUUGCCUCAAACAGAGUUGGCACGGAUGAAUGUUCUGUUGAGCUGAAUGUCACCCCUCCUAUAAAUACAGCUGGUAUAAUUGCUGGAGCUAUUAUAGGAACUCUACUGGGUCUUUCUGUACUGGCUUUUCUUGUCUUCUGUUGCUGUAAAAAACACAGAGAGAAGAAAUACGAGAAGGAAGUACAUCAUGAUAUCAGAGAAGAUGUUCCACCUCCAAAAAGUCGCUGUUCAACAGCCCGCAGCUACAUAGGCAGCAACCGCUCUUCUCUGGGUUCAAUGUCUCCCUCAAAUAUGGAAGGAUAUACCAAAACUCCAUACAGCCAAGUUCCAAGCGAAGACUUUGAACGUUCUCCUGGUCAAAACCCAGCCUUUGCACCUUCAAAGGUAGCUGCACCUAAUUUAAGUAGAAUGGGAGCUGUUCCUGUGAUGAUUCCAGCACAAAGCAAAGAUGGGUCCAUAGUAUAAAAUACUAAUUUAAAUGCUGUUUUUAAUGUGUUCAUUGUAAGUAUUAGAACUACCAUGUUCCAUCCCUCAUUUAAACAAUGGCAUGCAGGUUUUUUUUCCUUGAAGCAAACGAACAAGUUAGUUUGAAAAGCCACCAAUUCUCCUUUUUGAUUUUAAACUUGCUAUUAUAUAACAGUUGAACUGUUGGCUAAAAGCGUUGGAAGUUCCUACGUUACUAUCGGACACUGAAGGUAUUGGGACCUUGGGUAGGUUGCUGAAAAGACACUGUCAGCUGAUGUGCAGUUCUGAGAAUGUAACAGUGAAGCGAGUGAGAAGUAACAAAAGCAUUUUAUAGGUAGACCGUGAAGCUUCUCAGAGUUCCUGAAACUUUAUCCUCAGUUUUGGAAUAACAGAAACAUUUGAACUUGGCCAUUGUCUGAUGUAGUAGCAGGGGGGCUGAAAUUCUGAGCAUGACUUUGAAUUCUGUUCAAACUGAGGAUUUAUGCAGUUCUUUAACCUGCUAAUAUGUUUGGAGCACUUCUUGAGCUCUUAUUUCAGGGGCUACCAGUUAUGGGAUUGGUUCAACUGAUUUAAUGACUCUGUUCUGAAUUUAAAAUUGCAGUGAGUAGCAAUGUGACAGGAGACCUUGCAAGCUCUUUGAAAUGUGACUUUUUCUGUAAUGAAUGGUUCUAGUUAUGUCAGAUCCCUUAAUUCUUACCUGAUACAGCAGGUCCUAUCAGGUCACUGGUAGUGGUGUCAAAACUUUAAAAUCCAUAGUUUAACACUUACUGUCACAGUAAGAAUGAAUAGAUGUCUUUAUACAGGUCUUGAGUUAAUUGCACCUUGCAUUUUCCAAAGCCCAUUUAGACUCAAAAGCAGGGCUCUUUAUGUUUUUCCAAACCAAUUACAUAGAAGCUCUAUGGGGUUUUAAAUAAAGCUGUUAAGUAACUGGGUUUUGACAUCUGUCUUCUUGCUCUAACAUCAUUGAGGAAACAUCUUUUCCCAUCUACAUGUUAGCAGUAGUUUACCUUUUUUUUGAAGAUGCUAAUAUCUUUCUGUAUGAAUUUUCAAGGAGUUUAAAGCUCUUUUCUCCUCACUUCUUCAACAGCCCUAAGUGUUAUGACCAGACAUUUAAGAGCAAAAGUUUCAUGCAGCCAGAACCUGAGAGGAAAUAGUUAUGCAGAACUGGUGAUGUAUGUCUUGUGUUUCAAGACUUAACCCCUUCUUCCCAGUUUUGUACACUUGGAGCAUUACAGGAGGAACAGGACAAUUCCUUAUCCUGCUUUCACACAGGUUUAAGGACUUCUGAUAGCAUCUGAUCACUGACAUUAAUAUACCUGUGCAAAGCUGGGUAUAAAGCUUAGUGCAGUUUAAAUCCCUGUGGAUAUUCUUCUUCUUUCCUUCCUGUUUUCUACUGUCUUCAUCCUGUGCUGGGUGGCAGGAGUGGAGGAGUCCCUUCAGCUUACUCUAGCUGUAAAUAUUAAACCUCAAGGUAUUUUUUAAAAAUCUAAAGGCAUAUGUUGAUGAAUGAAAUCCCUGAAUAACCUACUGAAAGAUGUUAGGAGUACUUGUACGUAGCAGCAGCCUGAGAGAGAACAUUUUCCCAAACUUCUAGGUUUAGUGUCUGCUUUUCUGUAGCUGCUUCUAGCUCUGUGAUUAAAUCCUUUGGCUUUCUACUAAAUGUUUGUCCUAUCUGUAGUUAGGUGCACAAUUUUUGGCUGGCACUAUUAAUGUAAAGAACAUACCCUUCAUACUGAAGUUAGAAACUUGAAUGGCUCUGAACAAUUCUAGACCUACAGUUUUACACAUUUGGGACUUUUUUAGAUUGUAAACUGAUACUGAUAGAGGUGAAACUUUUCUAAUCUUUCAUGUGUGCCUUGUUUAAUAAACUUUGCCUGAUUGUAACUUCAGUUUUUAUGAAAUUUCUGGUGCCUAAACUUACUGUUUGAACAGGUGCUUAGAUGAUGGUACACUUCUUGUAACAUGACACUGUGAUCUGAUUUCUUGACUCUUAUGUACUAUUAAUACCUCUUCAUGCCUAUUUUUGGAUGUGACUUCAGUGUCUCUCUCUGUAUUUCAAAAUGUCAGUUAAUCCUUCAAUUGCUGAUUAUGAUCUUAAUUGUUCCUGAAAACAGUCCAGCUGUUUGUACUAAUGAGAUGCACGAUCAACUUGUGUGGUAAAUAUUUGGUUUAUUACCUGUGCCAAACAUUAUGCUUAUGAAGAACAAUGGAUGAGGAGACCUCUUCUUGCAUCCAAUUAUUGUGAUAGAAGAGACUUCCAAUAUUUUAAUCCUACACUGAUUGUUUGCCUUGAGACUAAGGCCUUCCUUAAUUGAAAGGGUAUAGUUGUUACAAAUACAAGUUGAGUAUAAAACUGAACUGAAUCACAGACCGAGAGAUACCUAUAAGCCUAAGCAACCAGGCAACAAACCUACUGAGUUUGGUUGUUGGCCAUCUGUGGAUGUACGUGAGAUUAGAUGUGGGGUUUGGAUUUUGUUUCUUUGCUUUUGUUUAUUUUAUUUGGCCUGAGACCCUGUACUUACAAUCAGGUAAGCCCUUGGACACACUAGAAUGGAGACCACAUUAAAUCAUACAGAGCAGAGUUUACACAUACUUAAUGCUCUGUCAGCUUGUACAAAAUAAUAAAUGGACAGAACAGAACAGUAGUGUGAUGUGCCCUUAGAGCCUAGCUGUUAGGCUUAGCAGCCUUGACAGUGUCUGUCUCUUUAUGUAAUUGCAUGGAAAAUGAAAGAAAUGGAAUCUGACAUAGUCCUUAUCUGAAAUAAAGAACCUUUGGCUUGGGGUAAACUUUAUCUCAAGUUGCAAUCAACAUGCCUUUUUGAGUGGAAACAACAUUACUCCAAAAACACAAUACUGCUAUUUAAAGUUAUUUUUCUCAGUAGAUUGUUCACUUACACUGGAUUAUGAUUCUCAAAAGCAGCUACUAUAUUUUAGCAAUGGUUUCUAGCUGUGUAAGAGAUGAACGGGUUGAACACGUGAGGUGUCCGAUCUUACAGAUAACUGCUAACAGAGCUCUUUUAGGAAGUAACGGCAGCUGAUAUGCCAGUUAGAAGGUGGCAUUUUUAAUGUCUCAUUCAAAAAAAACAAAGGAAGUGAGUGUGUGUGUGUGUGUGUGUGGUAUCAUUAUGUAAAUACUCUUAAGUGAAUUCAAGAAACCUCUAUCUAGUUAAUGUCAUGACUGUAAACUUGCCUGUUGAGGACUAAUAUAUAUAUAUAUAGAAGAAACCCCCAGUUUUAGCAUGAUACAAAGUGAAUAAAGUGUUAGACUUGUAAUACUGUAGAGGUUAUGUAACACUUGUCCAUACAUUACAAGCAUUUCCAUAAACUUUAUGAAACAGAUAUUUGUGCAACACUACCUUACCUAAAAAUGAUACUUCUUCCAAAACUCUGUAGUGCACAGAAAUGCCUCGUUAGAGGGGUAAAACAUGGCUUCUGAAAGACAUGUCCAAUGCAUACAUCAACUCUGAUAGUCACAUUCAUAGUAGACAUAUGCCUCCUGCUUAACAGUACAAGACUUCUUAAUUGCAAGUUUUUCUGUAACGCUGAAUAUUGUAUGCUACUGAUUUCCAUGGUAAGCUUUUGGUUUUGUUCUUCACGAUGUAUAUUCUGGGUCACUUUAGAUCUUUGUUCCAGUCUAAAGAUGUAAUGCUACUUGUGUCACUUAAACCUUGUUUUAUACACUUGAUAGGUGCUUUGUGGGACCUUCUGGUUAUUGGUCCUCUGGCAUUGAAGCACAGCUCAACUGAAAUCAGAGCAAUAAUACUUCCUGGAAUUCAAAAUGUUACGAUGUUAUGUUACACUUCUCAUACACAAAGCAUGGACUUGAAUAUUGAUAUGAAUUUCAGUAUGAAGUUUUAUAUUCACACUUUUGGGGGGAGUGGUAUUUUAAAAUACAAGUAUUGUGAGUGAAUUUGUAAAAACAAGAUCCAAAAUUGAAAAAUGCUGUAGUUCCAUGACAGACUUGUGUACUUUUUGAAAUAAAACUGUUGGAGAAAACAGUAGUCUGUCUUUAUUUUCAAGCAGCACUUUGUGUAUGGCUUCAGCUUUCUCUUUGUGUAAUUGGAAGUGAACUAAUAAA